CAUCAACGUGCUCUACGAGAACUACUCGGGGCUGACGUUCUCCUGCACCUUCGGGGACGGAACGCCGCUUAACACCGCACAAGCGCCCCUGCAGCUGAGCCACAGCAUGCGCUUCAAGGUGGUGUGCACCAUCAAGGACCAGAAGUUUGAGGGCUACGGGUCCAGCAAGAAGCUGGCGAAGCUGGCGGCGGCGCGCGCGGCGCUGGCGGUGCUGGAGCAGGCGGGCGCGGCGCCGCCCAGCGCGGGGCUCGCGCCCGCCGGCAUGCUGCAGCAGACGCUCGCCGACCACAUCGGCAAACUGGUGAACGAGAAGUUCAACGAGGUGAUGCAGCACGACCUGGUGCACUCCAAGAGGAAGGUGCUCGCCGGGAUCGUCAUCACCACCCACAACAGGAUCGAAGACGCCAGGGUGAUAGCAGUGACGACGGGCACGAAGUGUGUGUCGGGCGAGCACAUGUCGGUGACCGGGCGCGCGCUCAACGACUGCCACGCCGAGGUGGCGGCGCGACGCUGUCUGCAGAGGCAUCUGUACGCGCAGCUGCUCAUGUACGCGAACCAGCCCGACCCCUCGGUCCCGCUGGAGCAGAGCGACGUGGAGCCGGUGGCGGGCGGCGGCUUCCAGCUGAAGCGCUCGCGGCAGGUGCACCUGUACGUGAGCACCGCGCCCUGCGGCGACGGCAGGAUCUUCAGCCCCCACGAGCACCACCACGCCGAGCCCGACAAGCAUCCCAACAGAUUGGCGCGCGGCCAGCUGCGGACCAAGAUCGAGUCGGGCGAGGGCACCAUCCCCGUCAAGAACUGCAACAACUCGCUGCAGACCUGGGACGGCGUCAUGCAGGGCGAGCGGCUGCUGACGAUGUCCUGCUCGGACAAGGCGGCUCGCUGGAGCGUGGCGGGGCUGCAGGGCGCGCUGCUGUCGCUGCUGCUGCGCCCCGUGUACCUCACCUCGCUCGUGCUCGGCUCGCUGCUGCACCCGCAUCAUAUGUACAGGGCUCUCUGCGGCCGUAUCGAGGCGUACAUAUCGUCUCUCCCGCCGCCGUUCCUGCUGCACCGGCCGCUGCUGUCGCGCGCCGCCUCGGCCGAGGCCCGCACGCCCGCGCGCGCGCCCUCCUUCAGCGUCUGCUGGUGCUCCACCAUGCAGGCGCCCGAGAUCAUCAACGCGACGACGGGUAAGCUGGAGUCGGGCCAGCCCUCCAUGCUGUGCAAGCAGAGCAUGUUCGCGCGCUGGCAGUACCUCGUGCGACGACUGCCGCUGCUGCCGCAGGAGAGCGAGGACGCGACAGGCCCGGUGACGCCGCGCCUGCCCGACAACAUCGAGCAGCUGCUGUACAACGAGGCCAAGCAGAUGUGUCCCACCUACCAG